GAGCACCGGGGCAAAGGCCGGGGCCCCCCCAUGAAGGAGCGCGACGCGGCCCCGGCCGAGCGGGGCAAGCCGGCCACCUACACCGGGGACAAGAAGGCGAAGAUGGCGGCCAAGACCAACAAGAAGUGGGUCCGGCUCGCCACCGUGUUCGCCUACGUGCUCUCCGUGUCGCUGGCCGCCAUCGUGCUCGCCGUCUACUACAGCCUCAUCUGGCAGCCGGUGGGCGCCGGGACCUCGGGGGGAGCAGCCGGCCAGCCUCCGGGAGGCUCCAACGCCACCGGCCAGUCCGGGACUUCGGGGGCGGCGGCCGCAGGGCCCAACAAUACCAGGUCGUCCCGCCGCGGCGCGGCGCGGCUUGCACCCCCGGACCCCACUGCUGACAGCCCCCUGGCCCGGCCGCUCGAGCGGCCGCUGGGGCCUGACGAGGAUGAGGAGGAAUCUGCAGCAGCGGCCGGGAGUCGUUGAACCCCUCAGCGCCGGGGACGGUGGGGAACCAUCCUCCCCAAGCCCAGAGGCUGGACUUUGCAGCAGGUCAGGGCGGGGAGCCCUCGGGAGUGACCCCUACGGGAGCGAACGCCCCCCUUCAUCCAGAUGAUCUCCUGCUCGCCUCGGGAAUGGGUGGCCCGCAGCCAAUGGACCACGAUUCGCCGAUUCGCCGGGACUCGGGGUUUGAUCUUCCCAGGACCCCGUGCUGCGCCAGGGCCCUGAGCCAUAAGGGGGAUGGGGGGGAGGGGGGGGAGAUCCUAGUACUGAACCCUUCUGCUCUGGUGUAUCCUACAUGCAGGGUUACUCGGGCUUCCCCACACCCCUAGAAGGAGGGAGCUGUAGGGGCUCUUUUUUGAUAAGCCGAAGCUCUCAAAAGGGAAGAGGGCACCAAAAGUAGUGGAGCUCAGGUACGUCAACCUAGUUGCAGUGGCCAGACAUGCAUUUAAUUUAUAGAUCCCUGUACAUAGUUGUUGACAUAUGCACUAGAAACUAUAAUCACAUAGAAUUCUAUGUAUCCUCCCACACCCUGGGUAGCUACUGACUGAUGGGGUCCUGCAAGGGCUAUUUGCUGGCCCCCAAAGUGCACCUAGCCAGAAAGGCACAAACAGCUUUUUUCAUCACCCACUCUUUCCCUGUUGCCCUCCUAUUUCAGAAAGAUAGGUUUAUGGCGUUCUUACACAAGAGUAUAAUCAUUCUUAGACCGUUGACAUGACAAAAAAACCUUAGAAGUGGAAGCAGUUUAGGGAGGGUGAAGAAUGUACUGAUCCCCUCCUCUUCCCACCCUAGUGCCCCCACCAAAGUGGCUUCCUGUUGCAGCUCUGAGUAUCUGGAUGUGUGCCAGAGACAAUGGAAGGGAAAGAGCAGUGCCAUUGUGCUUUAAUCCUGAACUUCCCCUCCCCUUCUUUUUGAAAGAACAAGUUGUUGUAAGUAGAAUGUCAGGAGUUUUAUUUAAUUAUUUAUUUUUCCCCUGCUCCUCAAGAUCUUGUCUUGUUCACCUUUGCCUUCCCUCUUUCCUGAGCCUGUAGCAACAGAGCUGCUCCACAGUUGGGACAAAAUCUUGUAAAACCAGAGCUUUGAUCAUGUUCUCUGGUUUUGAGUUAGACUGCAGAAUCAGAAAGGUAGGCUUCAAACUCAGGAUUGUGCUUACUUACUGUGUUUAAAGAUUGUGUUUUGAUAGCCAGCUAAGAGACCAGCUAUGGGAAGAUUGAAUUAGUUUACCUUUCCUGAUAAGCCCCAUUUAAACGCAGCCUAUAAUUUUAUAGAGGAGGUGACAAACAUCCAGAGAAAUGACACAUGUAUGGCUCUGGGGCAGCAAGAAUUAUACUUCCUCAAUUUGGAUUCCAUUUCCUUCUGCCACUUGCUUUUAGGCAAUUGAGUGUGGGUAGUGACAAGAUAUCAGACCCCUUAGCGUUUCCUUUUUGGGAAAUGAGGCACUUUAGAAAAGAAAACUUAUCCACCUGAGUCCUGAAACAGUUUGUCUUUCCAUUUUUCUGGCCUACCCUCUAGUUAGCGCUUAUCCAAGUUUACAGGACAAUAGCCUUGCUUUAAGCCAUGUCCUGUUGUGGGCAAGAAAAUAGCAACUGAGCUGUUGCAGCCUACUGGCAGGCUGGUAACUCCCUGCUGGUAACAGCCUGGGCUUAGAGGAGGUUUCUUAGCAGCCAACUAAGACUUCAGUCAUUAGGAAGCCUAUGAGGCUUUUUAAAAUUUUUGGUGAGAGACUGGGGUAAGAAACAUAAAAUGCCACUUUAUAACUUCAAUAAUAGCCUGUAAUUUAUAUUUACUGUGUGAAUUUUUAGUCCUAUAUUUUAAUAAUUUGUAAAUUGAUCUCUUAUUCCCAAGAACCUUUUGGACUCUCAGAAGAACAUCUGGAGUCUAGUCCCCUGUCCCCCUAACCCUGCUUUCUGGACUGUUUAAAUUCACUUUGGGAUGGAUCAGAGAGUCCAGUGAGACCACUCGUGGGUCCAGCUGGCCUCCUGACUCUUUAAAGCCUUCACUGGAAUUGGGACAUUUGCUCCAGCCCUAGCUGUGAACAUGACCAGAGACGUUAUUUAUAAUUCAGCCAUUCAAAAUAUACCUGUACUCAAAAAGUCCUGUAUAUUUUUUAAAAGUUUUAUUUUUCAGGUGAACAAAAAUACAUUCUAAGAACUCUGCCUAA